AUGGCUGCAGCCGAGUCAUCAGAAACGGCAGUCAAGCAAAUCUCCAACGACGACAAAGAAAUAGUGCCGUUCGCUGAGAUGGCACCAGAAGAGCCAUAUUCAAUAUUCACAAUUGGCGAGAAGAAAUGGAUCAGCAAUGUUGCUUCCUUCGGCGCCAUGUUCUCCACCUUGAGCAUACCUAUGGCCAUUGAUCUCAACGUCUCCAUUGCGCUCAUCAAUCUCACCGUCACCUCGUAUCUGAUCAUAGCGGGUAUCGCACCAGCCUUCAUGGGCGAUAUCGCCGAUCAAGGCGGUCGAAGGCCCGCAUACAUCCUAAUGUUCACUCUCGUCGUUGCGUCAAAUAUUGGAUUGGCGCUGCAGAAUUCGUAUCCUGCUCUGUUAAUUUUGCGUAUGGUACAAAGCGCGGGAGCAUCUGGUUAG